AUGAAGCAAAAGCUGGUACUUACAGUGGAACCAGAAUUCUGCUCCUCAGCAGUUCAAUACUGGGCGAAUGGCAACACGAAGCGCGGACGCGGGAAGUCCGACGUCACUGAGAAGGCGAAAAGGCACCUCUCCGUCUUGGGAUGGAAGUUCUGGUAUGCUAACAAGCAGCAGAAGACCGAGUUGCGGUACGAGUCUCCCAUCGGAAAAGUCUACUACUCGCUACGCCUGGCUUGCCAAGCCUGUGUAAAUUCUCCAGGAGGAGGAGUGUUUUCCGAAAGCACUACUUCAAAUUCCGUGGUGUCCGUGGAGUGCUCUGCUGCUCCUGAUAUCGUAGUAGAUGUUAUGCCGCAAUCGACAUCAAGAAAAACGGUUAAGAAGAGAAAGAUUGGUGAAGCAUCGAAGGUUGAUGAUGACUGGAGUCCGAAACAGAAGCGAGGUAAGGUUCUUGCGGAUAUGAAGAGACUAAGGAAACAGAAUAAAGCUACUAAACAGCAGGUCACACGCCUUUUACGGUCUACCAAAACAGCGAGAGAGAUUGAGAUAACGGAUCCUGGUACUCGAAACCCUAGGACAGUCCUCUCUUGGUUGAUAGACAGUAAUGCUGUGUCGCCGAAUGCUAAGGUACACUACCGCCCUAGAAGAGGCACUGACAGUCCAUUGGCAAUCGGUCAGAUAACCCGCGAGGGAAUCAAGUGUGACUGUUGUUCUAAGGUGUUUACCCUCACUGGAUUUGAAACACAUGCUGGUAGCACAAACCAUAGACCAAGCGCCCACAUUAUUUUGGAAGAUGGCAGGACUCUCAACGAUUGUCAGAGGCAGAUGAUGAAGAGUCGGAAAGGAAGCACCAACACUGUCACACGGUCAAAUGACGACGCGAGGGCUGACAAUGUGCGUCAAGAUCAUCAUCAUCAUCAUGAGCAGAAUGAUGAUAUAUGCACUGUGUGUCACUUUGGAGGCGAUCUGAUUCUGUGUGAUCGGUGUCCUGCUGCAUUCCACUCUAGUUGUCUCGAUUUGAAGGACGUGUUGGAAGGCAAUUGGUUCUGCCCAUCGUGUUGCUGUGUGAAGUGUGGUAAAGGAAACCCUAAGGAGGAUAGAAAUAAUGGUUUUGUGAUAUGUAGCCAAUGUGAUAAAAAAUACCACUUUGGGUGCCUGAGGAAUGAAGGGGUUGCGGAAUUGGAAAGGGAUUCCAAAGGAAACUGGUUUUGCAGCAGAAAAUGUGAAGGCAUGUAUAAGGGAAUCAACAAGAUUGUGGGGAAACGAAUUCUGGUGGGUCCCGACAAUCUGACGUGGACAAUAUUGAGGCCAUCUACUCCGUCUGAUUCUGACAUGGAAGACUUGACAGAGAACUACAGCAAGCUCAAUUUGGCCCUGAGUGUGAUGCACGAGUGUUUCGAGCCUUCUAAGGAUCCUUACACGAAAAGAGACAUUGUCGAGGACAUUAUUUUCAACAGAGAAUCGGACCUUAGCCGCCUGAACUUCAGAAGGUUUUACACAGUGCUUUUGGAGAGAGAUGAGGAAGUGAUUACCGUCGGUAGCGUGAGGAUAUACAGUGAGUUGGCGGAAGUACCUCUGGUGGCAACUAGGUUCCAUUAUCGUAGGCAAGGAAUGUGUCAUGUUAUGAUGGAUGAGCUCGAAAACCAGCUUGUCAACUUGGGAGUUGGGAGAUUGAUUUUGCCUUCUGCUUCUAGCACACUGGAUACAUGGACCAGCACUUCAUUUGGGUUUUCAAAGAUGACAGCUAAUGAGAGGAUGCAGUUUCUGAAUUAUACUUUCAUGGAUUUCCAGGACACCAUCUUGUGCCAUAAAGUAUUGAAAAGGACCAACUCUACGACGCCAGCAACCAUACCGUUUGAAGGAAGUAUCAAAUUUGAUGGAUCGCCCAGUGCCACCUCUACAGUAACUCAGGCAGAAGACAAUCAGCCGGAUAAUGGAGCUUCAGACCAAGAAUUGGGGAACGUUGCCUCCGGUGACAAGUUUUUGAUUGAUGUUGACUGCAUGCUGUUGGACAACAACGAACCUAGUUUCUCGGCAUGGUACAACAAACAGAAUUUUAGGUUGAUUCCAGGAUUUUGUUAG